AUGCUUCAUUCCUUUCGACAGACCCUUACAGAACUACUGGGACAUUGCCGCACUGCUGUCACUCGAAAUGUGUCAGAAAAGUUUAUCAACGGAAUAUUAGAUUACGUGAGUGCAGCACAAGACUUGGACACACAUCUUAUGCAACAAUGGUAUGAAGUCACUCAGAAGGCUUUGGACGAACCCAAAAAUGAAGUUAUCACCAAAUUGCAUGCUGCAAUUGACGGGCCAAUUGCUUCAUCGAGCGCUGAGAGUUCACAGCAGCGCAACGAUUCAAUUGAAUCUGAUAAUCCAAUUGUCCUAGCGAUUGAAAUUCAAAUGUACACAGAUCGUAAAGAAAGCAAAAAACUUCGAAAAAUAUACAAUCAAACUUUGAACGUUAAAUCUACUAUUCAUUAUCCUACGAUUAUGGGGAUCAUUCAAGAAUGUGGUGGAAAAAUGUGUAUGUCAGAAAAGGAAUGGGCAAAGGCGCAGAUCAACUUUUUUGAAGCAUUGAAGAAUUAUGACGAAGCAGGAUUGCCACAAUGGAUAUCAUCGUUAAAAUACUUGGUGCUAGCUCAUAUGUUGAUGGAUAGCAAGAUUAAUCUGUUUGACUCACAAGGUACCAAACCUUACAAGCAAGAUCCCCAAAUUGUAGCGAUGACCGAUUUAGUGUCUGCCUACCAAGCCAGAGAUGUUCAUGAAGCUGAAAAGAUACUUAAAACUAACAAGGCUACAAUUAUGGAUGACCCAUUCAUUGCCAGGUAUACCCAAGAUGUUCUCGUCUCACUGAGAACUCAGUGGAUUUUGACCAUGUUGAAGUCCUACACUCGAAUUGAGGUAUCAUACUUGGCCAAAGUAUGUAAACAUGAUCAACCACGUGGUAUAAUGACUUUACAUUCAAAACCUGCACCAGAUCAAAAACGGUAUGCAGCUCUCGAGAAAUGGAAUACGGAUCUUGAUUGA